CUUUUACCGAUUUUUUUGACGGGCUUGGCUUCGUUUGAUGCUUCGUCUUCUCUUCUCAAAGCGCUGUUGAUUCUCUUCCACCCAAUAAUUUUUCCUUGGAAACAAACAGAACCAGGAAUUCCAGCCGGCCAAGGCGAACGCCUCCGAUUAGUGACGAAACAACGGUCGCAGAGUUAGCUCCCCGUCUCAGCGGAAGAUAAACUUUCAAUAAUCAAGUGGUUUUUCUCGCGGCGAUCAUCUUGGGGAUUUCUAUCUUUUCCCAAGCGAGAUAGGAAGAGAUGCAGGCUGUGGUGGUGAACCCAGUUUGCUGCUCCGCGCAGAAAACCCUAGACCCUCCUUCUUCCUUUCUUCAUCGUCGUCCCGGGAAGAGUGGCGGUUUCUUUGGCAGCAGAGUCUCUGUAAACAGGAGUUGCAACCGUCCGCAUGGCAUUCCGUGCUGGUCUGUGAAGAUUCGUUCGCCUGGCUUAUCUCGGAAACUAGCUGUGAAGGCGGUGGCAACUCCGAAUUCGGCCAUCGAAUUGCCGUUAACUGCAGAGAAUGUUGAGAGUGUAUUGGAUGAGAUUCGACCGUAUCUCAUUUCCGAUGGUGGUAAUGUAGCUUUACACGAGAUUGAUGGGAAUGUUGUGAAGUUGAAGUUACAAGGAGCAUGUGGAUCGUGUCCUAGCUCUGUUACCACCAUGAAGUUGGGCAUUGAGCGUAGGUUAAUGGAGAAAAUUCCUGAAAUCGUUGCUGUGGAACCUAUACCAGAUGAAGAAACUGGGCUUGAGAUGAAUGAAGAAAAUAUAGAGAAGGUACUAGAAGAGAUCAGGCCAUAUCUUGUGGGUGCCGCUGGAGGGUCCCUUGAACUAGUGACAAUCGAAGAGCCAAUAGUGAAAGUUCGAAUCACGGGGCCAGCAGCUGGGGUGAUGACCGUUCGAGUUGCUGUUACACAGAAGCUGCGCGAGAAAAUACCAUCGAUCGCUGCUGUUCAACUUCUGUGAUUGGUCCCCUUGCAAGAUCUACCCUUUAUGCCUUGCAUAUUGGCCGCAUGGCUGGCACUCAGAAUCUCAGAUGAUGCAGCUUAGUGAUGUACAGUCCAGGGGACCUGGUUUCGAUCGUUUUCUUGCAGCUAUCCCGUGAUGCAGACAAAAGGGGGGAAUGUGAAGAGAAUUGUUUUAACACUUAUAGGUGUAUCUCCACUAAUGCUUUUGCCUUUGUACUUGCGUAGUUUGUGAAUGUAAAUCCUGUAGUACAUUACUGCAGAAUGGUCUAUCGUUGCUUUUGGAAAGAAAAUAAAGGUAUUUCUAUUGGCUGUUGUUGAUCCAAAAGGAUAAGCCUUCUGGCUGUUCUCCAUUUCCUCCUCUCGCAAGAGGACUGACGAGGACUUGCAGCAAUCUCUCUCAAUGCAUUGCAGUAUGUUCUCAUCUUUUGUCACAGGUCUUCUCUUCUUUAGCUUCUUUUCUUCUUUUACCCC